CACGAGCGAACGCACAGUUUGUCCCGGACCGUUACUGCCACAUGGGCUCAUCGCACUUUCUCCAACCACAAUUAUAGAAAAUUUAUCGCAACUCGGAAGUUCAGUAAAAUCAAUUACGAAAAUGCUCGCCAAUCCUACACCUGCAAUGCAUACAAACUGCACUCCAAAAUGUCUGACAUAUAAGGACAUAAAGACGUAUAGGUGCAGCCACUGCAUGAGAAUAUUUAAGGAUUUAGCGCUGGUCCAGGAACACAUGGAGUCACGUCACAGGUGCAAUAUACCAGGAGUGCCUUCCACAUCACAGGCAACAUUGGACGAUUCUCAGGAAACAAGCGAAAGCGAUAGCGAAGGGGAUAGCGAAAGCGAUAGCGAAGGGGAUAGCGAAAGCGAUAGCGAAGGGGAUAGCGAAGGGGAUAGCGAAGGGGAUAGCGAAGGGGAUAGCGAAGGGAAUAACGAAGGGGAUAGCGAAGGGAAUAACGAAGAAGAUAGCAAAGUGGAUAGUGAAGGGGAUAAUGAAGGGGAUAGCGAGGGGGAUAGCGAAAUGAAUAUCGAAAGCGAAACGGAUAGCGAAACCGAUAAAGAUUCUUCAUUUUCAAAUCCAAAAAAUAGUUUACACCUAGUCGCAACGGUUGAAAAAUAA